UUCCACUUCCACUCACCUCCUUCUUGCCACCACCACCACCUCCCCCUGGACGCGCUUUCAUCAUCUCCUCUCUUUCAUCCAAAAUACCCUUUCCCCCCUUGAAACCGAUUCCUCCCUUAUUAUGGCCAUGGCAUCAACCCCGCGCUCUAUUCCCCUGACCUGCUCUGGACACACGCGUCCAGUUGUCGACCUCCAGUUCUCGAGGGUCAUGUCCGACGGCACCUACUACAUGAUCAGUGCUUGCAAAGAUGGCAAUCCCAUGCUGAGAGAUGGCCAGACAGGAGACUGGAUUGGAACAUUUAUCGGACACAAAGGUGCAGUCUGGAGCGCGCGUAUGAGUACCGAUGUCACUAAAGCUGUUACCGCCUCGGCCGACUUCACAGCUAAAGUUUGGGACACAUACACGGGCGACAUCCUUCACUCGUUCCCUCACCAACACAUUGUUCGUGGAUGCGACUUUUCCGGAGAUGGUAGCCGCAUCGUCACAGGAGGCAUGGAAAAGAAACUGAGGAUCUUUGACUUGAACAGAGAGGAUCUCGCGGGCCAGCCCUUGCUCGCCGCAGACGGACAUUCCUUAAUGAUUAGGAACGUUGUCUGGGAUGGCGCACGGAAUAUGAUCCUGAGCUCGGGCGAUGACAUGGAGAUCAGGGUAUGGGAUCCUCGUACCUUCAACCAGGUGCACUCUUGCAAGAUGGAUGGACCCAUUGCUUCGAUGGAGUUGUCAGCAGAUGGACAGUACAUCACCUCAACCACUGGAAAAUCGGUCUACUUCUGGGAUGCCCAGACUUACACACUGAGGAAGCACAUCAAGACGGAAUAUGACGUUUCGGCAGUCUCGCUUCAUCCAAACCACACCCGUUUCGUUGCCGGUGGGUCUUCGGAUCUGUGGGUCCGCAUCUACGAUUUCGAGUCGGGCCGUGAGCUUGAGGUCUACAAGGGUCACCAUGGACCCGUUCACACGGUCAGUUACAGCCCCGAUGGAGAGCUGUAUGCCACAGGAUCGGAGGACGGCACCAUUCGGUUGUGGCAGACAACACCAGGAAAGCGAUAUGGACUCUGGCAGGGCGAUGGUAACGAGGAUGCAUGAGGUCACUAAUGGCCAAGGAAGCUAGUUGCUAUGCAUGCAAAAUUCGCAGGGUCCUUUCGCUCUCGUUUUCGCGAAUGUAGGACAAAAGGAACGGUCUUGAGAGCGAGCACGCAGGAAUCACACGAGCAGACAUACAAGACAGACAGACAGACAGCACUCGCAGAAACCUUGAAAGAAAUAAACGAUUGUCU